AUGCGUCAAGAAACCUUAAGAGAAGAGGCCAUAAAAAGUAUGGCUAAACGGCCUGGUUAUGGCAAGUUCGGGCGACAGACUCAACUCCUUACUAAUUACUUUGAAGUUAAAAAGAUCGCAAACGUAGCGCAUUUUGAAAAAUAUGAGAUUACAAUGAAAUUACAGCAAAGAUUCGAAGGCGAAGGUUCUCAUCGCCGAAAAGUUUCUAGGCAACCGAAACAACUUCCAGCACACGUCCAACGUGCUAUAUUUCAACAAUUAGAAAAGCAAGAGCGUAACGGCUGGUUUAAAGGUGUUGGUGUCGUUUUUGAUGGGAACACGACAAUAUAUUCCACUGGUCUCUUAAAUUUAAAUUCGGAUUCUGGGACAACAUCGGUAACUUUAAAAGAUGAUCAAGAUUUCAAAGGCAAUCCUACUGAGUACAAAGUCGAAAUUAAAAGGAUUGAUAAAAUUGAUUUAGGUGAAUUAAAAAAAUUUCUUGAAGGAAAAGAAAUGAAAUGGGAAUAUUUUGAUUUAGCUGGUCUUAGAGGACUUAAUGCUUUAAUACAUCACAUGCCGUCAAUGAAAUAUACUCAAUUUGGUGAAUCCACGUAUUUACCUUCGACGCGUAAAUCUUUAGGUGGUGGCGUAGAAUUGUGGAUGGGCUGGUUUGAAAGCGUAAGACCCGGACAAGACAACAUUCCGGAACGAUUCACUCAACAACAACAGGAUAAAGUUUCCGAGCUUGUUCGAGGAUUGCAAUUCAAAGCCAUUCACCGCCCAAAAGUCAAUACACGAUUCAAGAUUAAAAGGUUAUGUUCCACUAAUGCGCGCGAAAACAUGGUUGAUAUUCCAGAUUCUGGAGAAAAAAUUAGUAUUUAUUCUUAUUAUCAGCGAAGAUAUAAUAGAUAUUUAAAAUAUUUGCAUCUCGUCGAACUUGAAGGUCGAAAGAAUGACAAGAUUCCAAUUGAAUUGUGUAACAUUAUUGAGGGUCAACGAUUUCCUGUUGCAAAGUUAUCUAGUGCUCAAAGGGGACAUAUGAUUAAGCAUACAGCAUUGCGUCCUCAAGAAAACAUGGAUAGGAUUGCUGAAGGUGUUCAAAAUGUCCUGCAAUUUGAAAAAGAUUUUAAAUUGAAAAGAUUUGGAAUGGGUAUCGAAGAAAAAAUGACAGUAACUCCAGGCAUCUAUACUCGCAUAUUGAAAGCUCCAAAAGUAUCAUAUCACAUAACAUCUAAAGCUGGUGGUACCGUUAAACCUCGUGAAGGUGGAUGGAACCUUCGAGAUCGAAAGUUUGUCAGAAGUGGUAAAACACUUCAAUACUGGGUGGUGGUUGCAUUUGUUCAACAACAAAAGUUAUCAAUUUCGCAAGCCAAACAAUUCAUAAAAGAACUUGUAAACACAAGUAGAAGUCAAGGAAUGGAUAUCGCUGAAGGCAAUCCAAGAGUCAACUAUGUCAAGCCCAAUGGUGAACCACAUACCUAUCAACAACUUGUUGUACAAGAAUAUAAUAAUGCUAGGGAUCAUCUAAAGAAUGAUCUUCAAUUAAUGUUGUUUAUUCUUCCGGACGAUGAUGAGAAACGAUAUCGAGCAAUAAAAUACACUGCAGAUACGGUUCUUGGUGUCCCUUCACAAUGUGUCCAAGUCGAUAAAGUUGGGAAGACAAGCAAACAAUAUUGCGCAAACAUUGCAUUAAAAAUGAAUUUAAAGCUGGGAGGAACAAAUCAAUCACUUGAAGAUGCCGAAAUACCUCUCUUCGCAAAAGAACCAGUAUUGCUGCUUGGUGCCGAUGUUACUCAUCCAACUGGUGGACGCGCUGGCCCUUCAAACAUGCCUUCUAUAUGUGCAAUUGUUGGUUCACUCGAUCGCCAAGGUGGUCGUUUUACUCCAAAACUUGAAAGUCAAAAAACUAGGCAGGAAAAAAUUGAAAAUAUGAGUGGUAUGGUGUUUGAAAUCUUGAGAGAUUAUCGUGAUAAAAAUAGUAUUUUACCUCGACGAAUUAUCAUGUACCGAGAUGGAGUUUCUGAAAGUCAAUUUGAAAUGGCUUGUAUGAAAACGGAACAAGACUAUAGACCCCCAAUAACUUUCGUAGUUGUCGGUAAAAGACAUCAUACAAGAUUUUAUCCGCGACACGAACGCGAUGCUGACAGCAAAGGAAACUGCGUUGCUGGUACAGUUGUUGACCAGAAAAUAACGCAUCCGUAUUUGUUUGAUUUCUAUCACGUUCUUUUUGAUGAGAAUAAUUUUACCGCCGAUAGUUUGCAAGACUUGACAAAUAAACUUUGUUACAAUUAUCAACGUGCAACUCGGUCAGUAUCGAUCUCACCUGCUGCCUCUUGGUCAGACUAUAAUUGUACUUGUUUUAGAUUACAUUUGGAACAACAACAACGUGGUGAAACAGAAUUUGUUUUGAAAGAAGUUAAAGAAAGCUUAGCCAAAGUCUUUUUAGCCAUCUAUUUAUUUGGUCGAAUGAGAGAAUUUGAAAGAUUUAAUAACAAUAACUUAGAAAAAAUAAAGUUAAAUCAAGAAUUUGCUGAAAAACGUCGAAAAUUAGAACACAAAGCCGUUGAAAUAACUCGUAAAAAAAUUCAAAAUCUCAAUGAAUAUCAAAAAUUUAGUACAUAUAUUCCUGGAUCUAAUCACAUCAUGGACAUUGAAAAUUUAAUCGAAUUUCGAAACCGAUUAGAUUGCAUUAUUACAAAGGGUAAUUGGGUCUUAGAUCUUACACCAAGACCUUUAAUUCGACACAAACAAGAUUCAAUAUACGGGAAAUGUUAUAAGAGAUAUCAAAAUAGUAGUAAUAUUUCAGUGGAAGAAAUAUGGAAAUUAAUUCCAGAUUCGACAAAGUAUGUUUGGAAAACACCAAAGGAAUGCCCUAUGCCAAAAAUAAACGUCGAGCAAGCUCGUGAACUAAUUUCGGGACAUCGAUUUUUGAUAGUUGGAGAUAAAUUACAAUUUCAAUUUCAUGAACUUUUACUGGAUUUUUUUCACGAAGGACCUGUUCAAUGUUAUGGUGAAAAUGCAUGUAAAGAUCACAUACUUUGUAACAUUACCUCAGAUAGUCCUGAUCAGGAUAGAAAAAUAUCAAUAAUGAAAUAUAUAAGAAAUGAUAUACUUUCUCACCAGAAAAUUCCACCAUUAGACAUUAAGGAUUUCCAACUUCCUUGGGUGCAUGUUAGCACUAAAUACAAUGUUAUGAUUUUAAAUAAAGGACAUCAUUGGCAUGACGAUGAGACAUUUCGAAACAGUUUGAUAGAUACCGUUAGAGCUAUAAGAAAAAGAUCAGACAAAAAUCUUAUAAUUUACCGUGCUACUACUCUGGGACAUUUAAACUGCAAAAAUAUUGAUAGACCUUUGCCCGUUCCUCCGAAUGCUACAGAGUUGGAUAAUCUUCCUUAUCAUUGGGGUGAUAUUCAUAGACAAAAUUUGAUCGCUAAAGAAAUUAUUGAAGGUUUUGGUGGGGUAUUUUUAGACAUGGAGUCAGUUAUGAUCACAAGAGCAGAUGGUCAUAUUGAUGGUCGAGAUUGUUUAAGAUGGUGUAUCCCUGGACCUGCGGACGUUUGGCUAGAUUUUUUAUUUUACAUUUUGAGUGAAUUGUUGUGA